AUGUCUGUAAAAUCGAUCCUGCUCUUUUGCGCUCAAGUUUUACUUGUUAAGUGCAUAUCAAGUCAGUGCAUCGGUGCGGCAUUAAACCCUAUAGCUACUGAAGGUUUGGCUUGGGGCGCUCCAAAUGCCCUAGCCUGGGAUGCUGGUUCACCCUGGAUCGGCCCUUGCCCAGCUGCUUGGGCCACCACACCUAUUACUACCACUCCCUUUGCCACAGCUGAAUGGGCAUCUGGAUUUGGACCUGCUGCUCUUGCUGCAUCUAAUGGUGGUGGUCUUGCAAUCACCAGUGCUUCUCCAAUCGCACCCACUGGCGUUUCUAUGACAUCAGACAAUGCAUACGAAGGUGCUCUCGCUGUAACUGGGGCUGUUCCGUUCUUGGGAGCUGUAACGUUGGAAGGCGCUUUGCCAACAGCAGGUGCUGGAUCUACUAACUAUGGCUGUGGUAAUGGCAACGUUGCGAUGGUCAGUGAAGAUUUAACUGGUGAAAUAGUUAGUGCUCCACGUGGUCAUGGUCCAGUUGUAGGAGAAUUAGGAGGUUUUGCUGCUCCAGUGGCUAAGGAAGCUGGUAUUGCUGGUCCUGCCUUUGGUUACAGAGGGUGUGGACAUGGCCCUCUCUUCUAA